GAUUAAUUGUAGCUGGUUCCUCUCGUGCAGGAACUCUGCAGUUUUGGAGGUCACAUGACCACGUCUCUACCUCCAGUACGAUGCCGUCACUCAUGAACCUGGUAGAGUGACGUCACAGGUGAAUCUUGUCAGGGAAAAGAAGCUCCAACCCGCAGAAAUGACGAGAAACACAGUGUAUUGGGGAAUGGCUUGCUUUCUCCUCAUCUCUAUUGUCACUGCUAUAAGUACCCCUUUGGUUUCCCAUCAGACCAAAGAACUCUGGCUAUUUUUUAAAUCGUUGACGAAAAAACCUUUUAUGCCCCAUUUCGAUAUUGACUUGACAAACAUACGGAGUACAUCGUACCACAGAGCUAGUUUUUCUGAUACCUCGACAGAAGAAGUAUCUCGACCCCUGAAAAAGCAAAAUAAGUAUCUCAACAAGUUACUACCUCAUCAUCACCAUGUCCUUCCUUGCCCGCGCCACUCUCCUCACGAGGACGGCCGUGAUCCCAGCCAGAGCUGCCAGCGUUGCAGUUGUUAGACCGGCGUUCUUCUCCACCUCUGCUCGGAGGGCCGAUAGGGGUCCCAUCGAAGUAACUAAGGAGACAUUGAAAAAGGCAGACCGCGUUGUGUCAAAUGCUGCCGUGAAGGGAAUUGAGACGGGUGAGAAGGCAACCCACAAGAUCAAAGAUACUAUUGGUAUCAAAUCGAAACAGGCUGAGGAGGGGGCGGUGAAGACUGCGAAGGAGGCGGGAGACAAGGCCUCAGAACUUAAGGAUGAAACGAAGGCCAGGGCAGAGUAUCUUAAGGAGAAAGCUAAGGAGGAAGCCGAGGAGAUGACGGGCAAAGCAUAAUUUGUUAGUGGCCCGUUGUGACGAAUAUUUUCUGAACGGAAGGAAAAACAGCCCAAGUGUAAAAUGUUGGUUAAUAACUUGGAACUUGUUCUCGUCUUGAGAUGCGAGAGUGGCACAUGAAUAUUUUGACGGUAUUUGUAUCAUAGUUCGUUGUCUUGUUGUUGAGAAUAAAACCGUACUGUACAUAUUUAAGUACUUCCUUGCGUAGGAACAAUAUUUCAAUGGCCUAAAUUCAUUGGGAGCUCUAUGCGGCUCAGGAAAGAGAUAGUCAACCAGAUGGCGGAAGCAUGAGAACAUAUUCCCUGGUGCUGAACCCAAAUUUCAACACAUCCUUGUCCAUAAGUUCCAUGUAUCGUCCCUUGGGUGCGGACUCUCCAUUAACAGUAGAUCCAUUAGCGCUUUCCAAAUCAAUUAAAUACGGUCGCACUCGACCAUCCCUGUCGCCGUACUCAUUCCG